AUGAAAAAAAUCAAGCGCUUUCGAAUUCUGGUCAUGGGCAGAGCGAAUGCCGGUAAAACCACCAUCCUCCAAAGAGUUUGCAACUCUACAGAAAAGCCAGAGAUCUUCGACGGGAAAGGAAACAAGUGCUCUCAGCGUGGUGUCCAUAAGAUUGAGCAUGAGCUCGUAUUUCGUAGUAACCCAGGCUUUGUGUUCCAUGACUCCUGUGGGUUCGAAGCAGGUUCCACCCGACAGUUUGACGAGAUGAGGAAAUUUGUGGUUGACCAUGGAACCGCAACGAGGGUGAAUGAACGAAUCCAUGCCAUCUGGUUUUGCAUCCCCAUGACAGACUACCACAGGACAGUAACUGCGGCUGAGCAGAAAUUUUUCAAUGAGUGUGACACAGGUCAUGUUCCUGUGAUAGUGCUAUUGACCAAAGUGGAUGCUUUGUACCUCCCUGCACUUAGGGGGCUUCUGGAUCAAGGUUUGGCCAUAGCUGAGGCAAAGGAAAGGGCAGCAGAAAAGCAAGGAGAACUGUUGGACAAGUGGCUUGACUACAUAAAACAGGAACUUGGCAAUUGCAAGUUUCCACCUAAGGGAUAUGUAUCACUUCAGAAGAUGCAUCAAGAGCAUGCAGACUGCAGUGCUGUGAUGGAUUGCACAGCAAAUGUGUUGAAUGAGGAAGGUUUACAAAGGUUACUUAUAUCAACACAGCAGUCAAGUAUUGCACUGUGUGUGCAAUAUGCUGUGCACAAGUAA